AUGUCCAUGUCUUUGUCCUUAUCCUCUUCCAGGUUGUCCGGCUUCUCCGGGGGACUGGGCGGGGCCGGAGGCGGCUCUGGCGGCAGGCUGGGUCUGGGGUUUGGGGGAGGCGCCGGAGCCGGCCUGGGCUUUGGGUUCGGUUUGGGUCUUGGCGGAGGAACCGCAGCGGGGCUCGCGUUGGGAUCGGGCUCGGGUCUGGGUGCUCUAGCUGCCAGCCCAGCGUUCGCCAUGGGCCGGACCAUCGCCGCGGGGGGGCUGAGCGCAGGGUCGGCUCUCGCUGCUGCUGGAGGCCCGAGACCUGCUGUGGUGCCCAUCCUGUCCCGCCAGGCUGAGAAGACCACGCUGUCCAGCCUGAAUGACCGCUUCUCCACCUACAUGGCCAAAGUCCGGACUCUGCAGCAGGAGAAUGCCGCGCUGGAGGCCAAGCUGUCUCAGCUGACCGGAGGGGCAGACACGUCCCCCGAGGCAUCCAGCACCAACAUAGGGGAGUACGAGGCCCAGCUGAGCGAGUACCGCAGCACUCUGCAGACACUGACCCUGGACACCAUCAAGCUGGAGAUCGAGCUGGAUAACGUCCGGGGCACUGCCCACGAGCUCAAGGCCAAGUUCGACUUUGAGCAAGGCGUCAAGUUCCAGCUUGAGUCUGAUAAUGCUGCUAUGAAAAAGGACAUUGAAGCAGCAUCUGACCUCCGAAUCGAUUUAGAUGCAAAGUUCUCUAGCCUCAGGAGUGAAUUAGCGUUUGUCACCAAGACCCAGGAAGAGGAACUGUCUGCUCUGCAGUCCAAACUGGGCACCACCACCAUGGACACCUCUGUCUCCAUGAUCGAAGUGGACACUGGCAAAUCCUUCGAUAUCUCCACUGCGCUCCACAAGAUGCGCGUGGAGUAUGAGAAGUCUGUGCAGCAGAAUCGAGAGGAGGCGGAAGCCUACUACAAACUUAAGAUGGAUGAGAUACACACUGCUAAUGCUAAGAGCACAGAGGCCGUGGCUCAAACCAAAGCUGAAAUCACAGCAGCCAGGAAGGAACUGCAGGCACUGGGCAUAGAGCUUCAGGGGCUCAUCACCCAGAACAUGACCCUGGAGCAAGCUUUGACUGAGGCCAGCACCCUGGCGAGCGUGGGCGUGGCAGAGUACCAGGCCCAGAUCACCAGGCUGACUUCGGCCAUCGAGGCUGCCAAAGCUGAUCUUCACAAACAGAUCCUAGCCUACCAAGAACUGCUGGAUGUGAAACUUGCCCUGGAUGUAGAGAUUGCCACCUACAAGAAGCUCCUGGAAGGAGACGACUUCAAACUGCCAGAAUUCACAGAGACGUCCUACACUUUCUCAGGGAGUGCCCUGCCCCAAACCAGCACCCCUCAGGAUUCACCCCAUGCCUCUGUCCCCAUGGAAACACACAUUAGAUGGAUCUGUGGCAGAGGAGGAAUACAGAUCAAGGAGAUCAUCACAGAAACUUCAGUCAUUAGUGACGGAGACGACACCGAGUCCUCCUGA